UUCCCAUUCCCUUAUUCAUCCUUCUCCAUCUUUUUCCUUGAUUUUUAUUCCUUCCCUCUUUAAACUUCCUCCCCCUUCACCCCCCAAAUUUUCGCUUUCAAUUUCAUUUCAACGGAUUUGAACUAUACAUCACUUUCUCUCUUUUCUUUUCUCUCUCCACCGUAUCAACGUAAGAUACAUCCUUACCGUCAAUCGUUGCCUUUCCUUUUUUAUACUUUCCUUUCCCUUCUUUCUUUUUACUGAUUACCUUUGUUAUUGUGUAUUUGGAUUUUUUUUUUGUUACCUUCAAAAAUCCAAUCCACUGAUUCUUCCCUCGAACCACCGAUUCUAUUGUGUCAUCGAUCCCUUAUUCAUCCCCUAUGAUGCCUGCUGACGAACCUGUAGAAACGAGAAGAAAGCGCGCCAAGAUCGUUAGUGCUUGCAGCGAGUGUCGACGUAAAAAGACGAAAUGUAACGGCGAGCAACCUUGUCGUAACUGCCAGAAAUCGUCCGUCCCAUGUGUGUAUCCUUCCACAAGCCAUGCCGAUGAUCGUCGCAACGCUCCGAGCAAAGCCGCCCUGGAGGCGAUUGAGGAGCGACUCAAGACGAUUGAAGAUAUGUUAAAGACCAUCUUGCAGGCGCAUUUACCUCUCGGUGAUCUCGAUCCUAUGGCUGUCAACAACUUUCUGAAUAAAGAUCGACCGGGUUCACCUACCGUGUCUUCAUCCAUCCCUUCCCCGCCACAACCGACGGCUUUGAUCAGGCCUUCCACGCCUCAUGACUUGAAACUUCCUUCAAUUCACGAUCUCUCGGGCCCUUCGGCCUAUCAUCAUCAGCAGCACCACCCUCACCCAUCUCACCAUCAGCUGCCUGCCAAACAUGAACAUCAUGAUUUACCUCCGCUCGCCCUUCAUGAUUAUUCACUGUAUCCUUCUUCGUAUAAGAACCCGCCCUCCAACUCUUGUAAAUCGUCAUCCGACAAUGAAGAAUAUACGCUGCAACCCAUCAAAAAGCGUAAAAGAUAAAACAAAACAAAACAAAACCAAAGUCUCGGUCUCGGUUGUCCCGGAAAGCCGCCCCUCUCCCCCACCCCCCUUUUUUUUUUCUUCACCCAUUCUCCAAGUUUUGUGUUUUUUUACUUUUUUGUUCUAUACAUUUUUGUCGAUAUAAACAAUAGCUCGCUGAUAUUUUUCACAGCGCGGUGUUCCUGUUUCUGUAAUAACAUUCGUUCCUUUUUAUUUUCCCCUUCUGUUUUUCUUUCAACGUGGCUCCUUUUUCUUAAAAAAUGUUUAGUUCCGUGUGCACUUGCGUUAUUUUUUUUUUAUUUUUCUUUGAUUUCCAA